AUGGCGCUCUUGGCCCCAAUGGCUGAUGCACACCAGAUUGUGCUGCUCCCGGAGCCUCAAUGGACGACGAAUGACAAGGACACCAAGUAUAACCCGUUGGCAUUCCUUGAGAACCAGGGCUUCAAGACGCAGGAGGACUUCAAGUCCUGGCGUGACGAGAACGGCUACAAGUCGCUUCGCGACUUUAUGGACAGAGCAAAGUACGAAGUGACCAGCGGCGCUGACUUCUCCUGCGGUUUUACGGACCCCAAGGGCACCCCGCAGCCCAUUCCGGCGGGCAACGCCAUGCGUUCCACCGGAUACACGCACGAUGGCCCGUGUGAAGUGUGGCUCGACGAUACUAUGGUGCUUGACGGCGACAACUGUCACGAGAAGUUCCCUGGCAAGGACUACACUGUGGACUACUCGUCGUGCAAGGGCUCGUGUACGCUUCGCUGGUACUGGCUGGGUGUGCGUUUCUUGAAGAACUCGUACUCGUGGCAGGUGUACAAGGCGUGCAUCCCGCUCACCGGAGGCGCAGGAGCGCCCGCGGGAUCGCUGCCGGCUGGAUCUGGCUCGCAGAAGGCUGAAUCGGGAUCCCAGAAGAACCUCCGCAUGUAA